AUGGGGGACCAGUGCGCUGCAGCCAGGAGAGCGAGAGGGUCGAGAAAGGCACCGAGUCAGAGCAGCGCUCCUGAGCCCCCUCGGAGCCAUAGCGCCGCCGCCAAGCCCCCUGCCCGGGGCGGGGGGAGAGCUGGGGCAGGAAGAGGGGACGCUCGGCCUCCUGGUGAGCAUGCUAAAGCCAUUAACCCCCGGGACUCCCCUUCGCCCACUGACCCAAAGGGCGCCACAUCUGCCAGAGCCCGCACAGAGAAGGGACCCGCUCCCAGCGAGAUGGGAUCUGUCCAUAACGGGAAGGGAUCUGCCCCGGGAGAGAGUAAUGCUGUCCCCAGUAGGAAGGGAGCAGUCCCCACUCGGAAAGACUCUGCCCGCAGAGAGAAGGGAGCGGUCCCUAAAACAAAAGAGUCUCCCGCCAGAGGGCCGCCCGCUGUAGCUUCCUACUGCUGCACGGGGGCAGAGAGCAGCGUCGGUGUCAAGUCUGGUGGCUUGGGAGCCCGGCGGCUCAGGGAUGUGCUGAAGACACUGAGCCUGGGCCGGCAGGACACGUCCGAGGCCUCGGAGAAUGUGAACCAGCUCAUCCGCACGUUGGUGUCAGCGAUCAGAGCCCGGGAGAGCAGUUUCAGCUCAAUUGAUAUCCUGGGCACCGGUAGCUACUACGAGCAUGUCAAGAUUUCUGCACCAAAUGAGUUCGAUAUCAUGUUUACGAUGACAGCUCCUAGAGUUGAACUGGAACAAUGUGAUGGCUCUGGUGCCUUUUAUUAUGUGAGACUUAAAAGAAAUCCUCAAGGAAACGAUCUGGACAAAUUUUUACAGGAAGAUGGAACAUUAGCAGCCUGUAAGAUGCUUUUUGCCCUGAGGAACAUUAUUAAAGAAAUUGUAAAGAGCAUGACAAGAACAGAAAUGAAAGUGACUGUGGAUAAAAAAAAGGCUGGAAGCCCUGCAAUAACACUUCGCAUUGGGAAUCCUCCAAUGGAGAUAUCAGUGGAUAUAAUCUUGGCUUUGGAAGUUCGAAGUCAGAGCUGGCCUGCCAGUACACAGGAGGGCCUAAAAAUUGAAAAAUGGCUAGGAAGCAAAGUCAAACAAGAAUAUAAAUGGAAGCCAAUUUACCUAGUACCCAAACAUGCCAAGGAUGGAAGAGUGCUAAAAGAAGACACCUGGCGACUCUCUUUCUCACACAUUGAAAAGGAGAUGAUAAAGAACCAUGGCAACACAAAGACAUGUUGUGAAUCUAAGGGAGUAAAGUGUUGUAGGAAAAGCUGUCUGAAACUUCUGAAGCAUCUUCUGGAUCAGCUUAAAACAAAAGAUGGAAACAGACGGGGGCUGGACAAAUUCUGUUCCUACCAUGCCAAAACUGCCUUUUUCCAAGCAUGUGUCCUUUGGCCAGAUGACAAACAAUGGCUGUUCACAGACCUUGAGAGCUGUUUUCAAAAUUUUUUGGAUUACUUUCUGGAUUGCCUCAACAACGCAUACCUUCCACACUUUUUUAUUCCUACACACAACCUUUUUAGUAGACAACUGAUUGAUAAGGCAAGCAGUGAUUUCCUUUCAAAGGAAAUUAAAUAUGAAAUAAACAAUAGAUUUCCAAUAUUUGAACUGCAGAAUUAAGGAAAUAUUCUAUGAUGUUUGUCAAAAUUUUCAUUUACAUUUUAUAGAUCAGAAUAUCUAAUAAAGAAUCAACAU